AUGAACGGAAGUAUGCCCGUAGAUGAAAUUAUUGAUAAUAUUUCAAAGUUGCUUGAGCUUGAAGAAAUCGACCUUAGCUUACGCAAUUUAUCGUACGAUGAAAUCGUAAAAAUAGCAGACAUACUUAAAUCGAAAAAAAAUUUACAGAAAUUAAACUUGUGUAGCAUUUUUACGACAAGAAAUCAGAAAGAGGUCAUAUCAUCCGUUAAAAAGAUAUUCAGCGUGAUAGAGGACAAACCAAUAUCCGAACUAAACAUUAGUAAGAAUGCGCUCGCCCCUGGAGCGAUUGAGGAAAUGAACAAAUUCCUGACGCAGAAUGUAAAUCUGCAAAGCAUAAAUGUCGAUGACACUGGAUUGGGAAAAAAAGGAGGAGAGAUCCUUUUUAAAUCUAUAUUAAAUUCAAAACGUCAGUCCUCAUUCCUGAAGACGAUUUCCGCUAGAGAGAAUUUAUUUGGAUCCAGUCGCACGACCCCAUUGUUGGGAAAUAUUUUCAUCAAACAUAAAGCUACUUUAACAAAGGUAUGUUUAACUCGAAAUAAACUUAAUUCCAAAUAUUUCCCUCCAUUAUUAGAAGGUUUAAAAUCAUGUCAAGGGCUAGAGUUUCUCGACCUGGAAGACAACGAUUUAAGCAAAUUGGCAAGCAAAUUUGGAUCAUACAUGAACGACUGGUCCAAUCUAAAACACAUGAACGUCAAUUCUUGCUUUUUUACUUCAAAAGAAGUAAAUUUUAUUUUAGACGCUUUAUCAAAAAAAUCAAACACAAAGCUCAAAUUUCUCGGACUUCAGUAUAACCACAUAGAUGAUGCCGGGUACUUGUCAUUGGCCGAUACGAUCCGCAAAUACCUCAGGAAUCUGACUAGAUUGGAACUUAACGGAAAUAUGAUCAUGAAACAACCAAAAUGUUAUGAUAAACUGAAGAAGUCUUUAAAGUCGAUCGGACAUCCUGAUGCUCUUGAUGAUUUAAGUGAUAUGCAAGAGGAAUCCGAGGAAGAAACUUCUGAUGAUGAAAGUAAAAAAAGAAAGUUGGAUUGUUUGGGUUUGGAAAAUUUUGAAUGUAACAAAAAGAGAUAG